CGCACGCGCGGCCGCGGGGUCCUUGGCGGGCGGGGGUGACUUUGGGCAGGCUCCGCCGCGAUGCUGAACCGGCUGCUGGGGCCGCGCUACGUCCAGCUGCUGCAGAACUGGACCCCUACCCUCGCCACCUGGGGGGGGGUAGGUGUUACUGGCCUGAUAUGGUUCACAGACUGGAAGCUGAUCCUUCAGUAUGUCCCCUACAUCGGUGGCAAGUAUAAAAUUGAAGACUGAGCUCUAAUGGAAUUGUGUUGCUGUAUAGAGUGGUUUGGAGCCCUCUGUCCGCUGAGACCCUGCUUUGAGGUGACCCUGAAAUGCCCAGCACAGACUCUGCAGCUAGUUGUGGUUUUCCCCCUUCUCCCAACACCACUUUGGACCCCUUGGCUAUGAACAAUAACUUCAUCAAUCAGCCUGCCUGGAGCCCCUCUGAUCACUUCCACAGCAGAUCUCCUGAGGAGAGUAAUUUAUGAGCCUGAUGUGCAGAAUAAACCAAGUGAAUGAUU